GACAGUUCCAUCGUCCCUCGCGCACUGACUUGCAUGUUCUAUCGCUUCCUUGUGCCUCUCCCUCAAGUCGUAAGUUCAUCAUGGCUAUGAUGCCGAUAAAGCCGCGCAAGAAACGACCAGCUUCCCUCUUUCGCUACAGCUCAGAUGCUCAAUCUACGACGGCGCCGGUGAACAUAAAGCCAGGGAUGGCGACGCUGCCGUCUGAUCCAUCCGAGGAAGAAGAUCGUCUGGAACGGAAGCGGUACAUCUGGGUGGCAGUCGUGGUUGGAGUGCUGGUCGUUCUACUCACUGCAAUUGCGCUGGUGCUCCACAAAGCACCCGUGGAGGCGAGCAUCUGCAGCGACGCAGUGUGCAGCGAGAUAUCCCGGCAGAUCGUCCAGGCUAUCGAUCUUUCUGUGGAUCCCUGCAUCAACUUCCACAAGUACGUCUGCGGUCGCUGGCGCAACGAGUACGACAUCAGCGUCGCUCAACGAGCCGUCGAUGUCUUCGAAAAUGCUGUCCGCCAUGCCCUAACUAACGAACGCGUUCCCCACAAGGAACAGAAGCCUGCCGAGAAGGCUGCCGCUUACUACCAGAGCUGCAUGCGCCUCUUCAGCGGUGGCGGCGAUGUCCAGUCUGUUCGCGACGUCUUAAGAAGCGUAGGCCUAAUGUGGCCUCAUGCGGCCCUCGUUACCGACGUCCUCGUGGCACCGCUACAACUGAACCACCAUUACGCUGUCAGCCCUGGAAUAUCUUGCUUAAUUGAGAAGAAACACCACGUCAAGUUCCAGUUCUCCCAACGCUACAAGACCUUCUUAGAUCACCGUUGGCGCAUGAUCCAACACAACACAUACAGGAAGCACUUCGAUCUCCUCUCGAUGACAUUCGCUGAACCUGGCAAGCAGACUGUGGGGUUCGAAGAUCUACUCAUGAUCGAACAGAAGAUACUUCCCCCUAUGGAAGAGGCAAUGGCGGGUUGUAUGGAGAAGAAAAACUCUGAGAGAUGUCAAAUAGUGGUGGUUGAGACACAUAAUGAGGAAGACAUCCGCAUAGUAACUCCGAAUAUGACGGGCAAGCGGUGGAGGGACGCACUGGAAGCGUCCGUCGGCAUUCCGAGCCAAACCAGGGCGGAGCUCAUUAUCAGAGACAAGAUAUUUUUCAGAGAUUAUUUCGGGAAGCUUCCCGAGGAACAGAUGCACAUGUACCAGGGAUGGAUUGCUAUUCAGGACAUGGUGCAUUUCACAAACAGCGACAUCCUGAAAAGCUUCUACGGCUCUGAGAACAACGCCUCGGUCGAACACGGCAAGUUUUGCUUCUCCGACGUCAAGGCCUACUUCGGUUACGCCGCUUACUCUUCGACUGUAACCGAAAGCAUCGACAAGCUUAUCGAAAACGACGUUAGCGCAGUCUUCGAUGGAAUUAUAAAUCAGUUUACAGCCAUCGUCAGCAAACCUGGGCAACAACUCAUGGCGAACAGAAAUUCGGUAGACAUUUUUGAUUACAUCAAGAAGUGCGCACCCGAACAAAUAACUCGCGCAUACCGUAACUACGCCGACAUGGGUAACAGUACGAUCGCCAACCGAAAGACUGCGCGGACUGGUUACCUGUCGUCCGUUGUCUACGAUAUCCGGCCACCGAAAUUCGUCACCAAUUCUACCGUACACUUCUAUCGGCAGCACGGUGACUCCUGGAACGCUUUCAUGCCCUAUUCCCUGUACGUCCCGAUGUAUGACAUCGCUGCGCCGGCCGCCCUCAAGUACGGCGCGCUGGGAUCAAAGAUUGCCGUCAAGAUCUCCGCCCUUAUGCUGAACAACACCAGCAACUUCAUCGGACGGACCUGGGUUGCCAUGGAAGAUGGAGCGGCGUGUGUCUUCGGGAGGGACACCCGACUGGAGAAUGCGACAGCGGUGCAGAAGAAGACGCUGGAGCGUCUGGUGUCCCUUCGGCCGCUGUACAAGGCGUUCCGGGCGGCCAACGUACCGGGGCAGAAACCGCUGCCAGGGAUGACGAACUUGUCGGAUGAUAUGUUGUUCUUCGUGUUCUGGUGCUACGUGCAGUGUGAAGGUCGUAGUGCUCCAUUUGAGCAGGUCUGUAACGAGGUUCUGAAGCACUCGUCAGAGUUUGCGACAGCGUAUAACUGCGCCAAGGAUACAGCGAUGAAGGGAUGUCCCUUUCUCGCCGAUGAGUAAAGAAACCCCUCGGACGACAUCGCACAAUACAGAGUAAUGGAGCGCAGUAAAAAUGUGCACUUUCUUUUC